CAACCUUUCAAUCCCUUUUGCACUUCACUUAGCAAACACAACAGUCUACACUCCAACAAGGCUCAACCCUCCCAACAGCCAGCAUCGGGAGCACGCCUUCCUUCCUCUUUCACCCUUCUUCCCCCCCGUUUCGUGCGCCCGCGCCGCCCCGCUCCACCCCCAACUCGCGUGCCUCGUGGCCUUCAGUCAACAACAAGAAACGACUUGCUCAGUCUCCAACCACCCGGUUCGACGUCUGCGCAUAGUCCCAAGCCACGCCCUUCGACGCGAAAGCCCGUGAUCCUUGCUCUUUGCUCGAUCGCGAGACGGAGACUGUGAAACCCGCCGGUGCACGCCCCCCUCCUUCAAUAACCCCCCUCUCCUUUCAACAAAUCUAAACACACAUUGCCCAACAUGGCCGACCCCUCCAACGAGAUCGACCUCGACUCGAUCAUUGACCGUCUGCUCGAAGUGCGCGGAAACCGUCCAGGCAAGGCCGUUCAGCUGCAGGAGUACGAGAUCAAGUACCUUUGCACCAAGGCUCGUGAGAUCUUUAUCGGUCAGCCCAUUCUCCUCGAGCUGGAAGCGCCGAUCAAGAUUUGCGGUGACAUCCACGGCCAAUAUUACGACCUGCUCCGCUUGUUCGAGUAUGGUGGCUUCCCCCCAGAAGCCAACUACCUCUUCCUUGGCGACUACGUCGACCGUGGCAAGCAGUCGCUCGAGACCAUCUGCCUUUUGCUCGCCUACAAGAUCAAGUACCCCGAGAACUUCUUCAUCCUCCGCGGCAACCACGAGUGUGCCUCGAUUAACCGUAUCUACGGCUUCUACGACGAGUGCAAGCGUCGCUACAACAUCAAGCUCUGGAAGACGUUUACCGACUGCUUCAACUGCCUGCCCAUUGCGGCCAUCAUUGACGAGAAGAUCUUCACCAUGCACGGCGGCCUGAGCCCCGACCUCCAGAGCAUGGAGCAGAUCAGGCGAGUAAUGCGCCCCACCGAUGUCCCCGACACUGGUCUCCUCUGUGACCUCCUCUGGUCCGACCCGGACAAGGACAUUACCGGCUGGAGCGAGAACGACCGAGGUGUCUCGUUCACGUUUGGACCCGACGUUGUUUCGCGGUUCUUGCAGAAGCACGACAUGGAUCUGAUCUGCCGUGCCCAUCAGGUUGUGGAGGACGGCUACGAGUUCUUUGCCAAGAGGCAGCUAGUCACUCUGUUCUCGGCCCCCAAUUAUUGUGGCGAGUUUGACAACGCCGGUGCCAUGAUGUCGGUCGACGACACCCUGCUUUGCUCUUUCCAGAUCCUCAAGCCCGCCGAGAAGAAGGCACCCAAGUACGGUUACGGCGCUGGCGGACGGCGCCAGUAGUAGCCUCGCCGCCGCAACCACCACAACCCCACCACCUACAUCCAGCGCCCCCCGUCCCAGUUUGGCUGUCUCCUUCCCGAGGUCCCCCCUGUUCUUCCCCCCAGAUGCAUAGCCAGCAGACCGUGUAUGAGUGUUGUUGGAGUGGGGAGGGGGGAUAGUGGGGAUGCGAUUCUGCACUAUUAUGUUGACGACAAACUGGGGGUAGCGGGGCGAUGAGGUCCGAGUACAAGCUGCUCGGAAGCAAUCGACUCCACUAAAAGAAACCAUUGAGUGUCGCGAGCAUAGAAAAGUUACGUGUACGAGAUGCAAUGAUUCCUCCGAGUAG